AUGGCUAAACUGACCCAGUUAAUUGACAAUGAAGUCUUCCGGGCUUAUGCUACUUAUACAACUAUUGUUCUUCUAAAAAUGAUGCUAAUGAGUAUUACAACAGCGUACUUCAGAAUCACAAGAAAGGCAUUUGUCAACCCAGAAGACACAGCGUCAUUUGGAAAAGGCGAGAGUGCUAAAAAAUACCUGCGAACCGAUCCAGAUGUUGAACGUGUACGCAGGUAAGCAGAGGAGUCUUUAAAAAUUAUUUUAAAGAGCAGAAUAAUAUUAAAUCAAGGAAUUAAUCUCACCCUAUUCUCUUUG